AAUAGUGGCCAAUAGGUUACCUCUAAGAUUGACAUGGAAAAUUCCACAAGUUUUUCCAACUUCCAUUCAGACCCUUUGCAUUCAAUUCCAAGCUAACUCUCCUCCUUUCUUGCUUAUCUAAUUCCAGCACCUACCUUAUCAUUUCUUAUUUAAGACACACGUCAAAUUCCUGAAUAGAACUUCUCAUAUUCUCCCUUCUUCCUUUCACUCACUCUGCUACAAAAUUGUUUCAAGUUAUGACAGUUCAGGGAGAGCAUACGUUCUUCCACGGCACGCUCGAAGUUACCGUCUUCCAUGCAACAACAUACACACCGUCAUCACCUCUGGAUUGUAUAUUUUCUGGAGGAAAGCAAAGCUAUGUGACCAUCAAGAUAAACAACAUAGAGGUUGCUCGGACAAACCACGAAUAUGACCGUGUUUGGAACCAAACAUUCCGAGUUCUAUGUGCGCAUCCAUUGACAUCUACCAUCACCAUUACAAUGAGAACAACUCGUUCUGUAUUGGGAAGAUUCCAGAUCCAAGCCCAACAGAUUUUGAAAGAAUCAAGUUUCAUCAAUGGAUUCUUUCCACUUCUUAUGGAAAAUGGGAAGCCGAGUCCAGAGCUCAGACUUAGAUUCAUGCUAUGGUUUCAACCGGCAGUAUAUGAACUAAGUUGGAAAAAGGUGCUGGAAAAUGGAGAGUACAAGGGGCUGAGAAAUGUAACGUUUCCUCUAAGGUCCAACUGUCAUGUGACUCUGUAUCAAGAUGCUCACCAUGUCUCUACGUUUCAACCUCCGUUUCACGGUUCGAGUGCGCCAAGAAGGCUAUGGGAAGAUGUGUAUAAGGCCAUAGAUAAUGCAAAGCAUUUGGUUUACAUUGCAGGCUGGUCCUUCAAUCCAAAGAUGGUGCUGGUAAGAGACCCUCAAACUGAUAUACCCUAUGCCUUGGGAGUAAAGCUUGGUGAGUUGUUGAAGCAGAAGGCAGAGGAAGGAGUAGCAGUGAGACUAAUGAUAUGGGACGACGAGACAUCCCUUCCCGUCAUCAAGAAUGCUGGGAUAAUGAAAACACAUGAUGAAAAUGCUCGGGCAUAUUUCUCGAACUCGAAAGUUGUAUGUAGGUUGUGCCCCAAAUUACAUCCUAUGUCUCCACCAAUUUUCUCUCAUCAUCAGAAGACCAUAACAGUAGAUGCUCAAACUCACAUCAACGCAAGGAACAGGGAGAUUAUGAGUUUCAUUGGGGGUCUAGAUCUUUGUGAUGGUCGCUAUGACACAGAACAACAUUCAUUGUUCCAUACUUUGAACACAGAAUCCCACUGCUGUGAUUUCUACCAAACGAGUAUAUCAGGAGCCAAGCUUCAAAAAGGAGGGCCAAGAGAGCCAUGGCAUGAUGUUCAUGCUCGUGUAACAGGUGAAGCUGCUUGGGAUAUACUAACAAACUUUGAACAACGAUGGACUAAGCAAUCAGAUGCUUCGUUGCUAGUCCCAACAAGCAUCUUACUAAAACUGAUGCCCCCACUUGAAUCAAACACAAACCCACAAAAGGAUUGGAACGUACAAGUUUUUCGAUCUAUCGACCACUUGUCUGCCAGCCAAGUUUUCAGAAACUUGACGGUUGAACGCACCAUCCACGAGGCGUAUGUCGAAGCUAUCAGAAGAGCCGAGAGAUUUAUUUACAUCGAAAACCAAUAUUUCAUAGGAGGGUGUCACUUGUGGGACAAAGAUCAACACUGCGGAUGCACGAAUUUAAUACCGAUCGAGAUUGCGCUCAAGGUGGCUAAUAAGAUCAAGGCAAGGGAGAAGUUCGCAGUUUAUGUAGUGAUUCCAAUGUGGCCAGAAGGGCCACCAGAGAGUGAAUCAGUAGAGGAUAUGCUACAUUGGACCAGGCAGACAAUGACAAUGAUGUAUAGAUUGAUUGGAGAAGCAAUCCAAGAAACUGGGGAGAAGGCCCAUCCAAGAGACUACUUGAAUUUCUUUUGCCUUGCGAACAGAGAAGAAGAGAGAAAGUGGGACUUUGUUCCCCCUCACAGUCCACAACAUGCAACAGAAUACUGGAGUGCCCAACACCGUAGAAGGUUUAUGGUCUAUGUCCAUUCCAAGGUCAUGAUAGUGGACGAUUUGUACCUUCUGAUCGGAUCCGCAAACGUGAACCAAAGAUCUAUGGACGGAGAACGUGAUACAGAAAUAGCGAUCGGAUGCUACCAAUUAGAAAACGACGGAAAAGAAUUGCCAAAUGGAAGAGACAUUUCAACAUUCCGCUUGUCGCUUUGGUACGAACAUACUCAACGAUUCGAAGAGGUGUUCUUAAACCCCGAAAACUUGCAAUGCGUUGAAAGGGUUCGUUCAAUAGCAGACGAAUCGUGGAAAAUUUACAGUGGAGAAGAAGUUGCAGACAUGAAAGGUGUUCAUCUGGUAACGUACCCUGUGAAGGUAAAACAGGACGGAUCGAUUGAGGAUUUGGAAGAAAAUGGAGGUCAUUUUCCUGAUACUAAAUGCCCCAUUAAAGGAAGAAGAUCAAUGUUCUUGCCGCCCAUUUUCACGACCUAAUUUUAAUGGAGACUUGAAUGGCGAUGACCAAGCUCUGAGUUUGCAUUUACUUGCUCGAAGAUCCAUGAAUGAGAUGACCCAACAGGGGAAUUUGUGGUUUGGAGGGAAAAGUUCAAAUCUUUUUUCAUUUAUACGUUUGUAUACUGUGAAUAAAUCAUUAAUAAGGUUUUCCAAGAAGAAAUAGUUCAUCAUUCA